GAGGAAGGACCAAUGCCCUCAGAUUGUUCCACGAGGGAGACGCAAAAUAUGUGGAUUUUACUUCACUCUAUCCAUGGGUGAACAAGUAUUGCGUCUACCCUGUGGGACAUCCAACAAUCAUCACGGAAAGCUUUGGAGAUGUGGAAGAUUAUUUUGGAAUUAUCCAAUGCCGAGUGAUUCCUCCACGGAAUCUGUAUCUUCCGGUACUGCCCUAUCGGUGCCGGAAGAAGCUGAUGUUCCCCCUGUGUCGGACUUGCGCCCUUCUUCAACUGCAGACUCCGUGUACCCACACAGACGACGAGCGAGCUCUUGUCGGAACGUGGGUAACGGAGGAAGUCAAACUGGCGAAAAAGAAAGGAUACCGCGUCACACAUGUAAGUACUCAAAGAUUAUUUUAAUCUUUAUUUAGUUUCAGAGGUUACUUUUAAAAA